GCUCUUCUCAGUGUUACAGCUCUUCUGAACAGGGACCCUGAGCAGCAAAAUCGCUCGGCUUAUAUAGACAACAGUAUGCUAAUUAUCUCUCAGGGAUUGGUGGGGCUUGGAUCACCCCACUACUUGUCCUCCAGGGAUUGGCGGAGAAUGAAUCACCUCAUUAGCAUAUUAACGGUCAACUGACACCUGGUGCAUAAACUGCACAUGUGCAGUACCGCUGUUCACCACUAGAGGGAGCCCUAGCAAGGGGACAAGCCUGCACAUGCGCAGUAAGUCGUUUAUAUCCAGACAAGGCUGGAUGUCGGCGCCAUCUUUGUUUCGCCGCGCUGCUCUCUACAUCUGUGUGUGGUAUUUGUAUGUGUAUGUAUGUAUGUGUGUAUGUAUGUGUGAAAGUACAUGUGUGUGUGAAGGUACAUGUAUGUGUGGUAUAUGUAUGUGUAUGUAUAUGUGUGUGUGGUAUGUGUGUGUGGUAUGUCUGUGUGUGAAGGUACAUGUGUGUGUGGUUCAUGUAUGUGUGUAUGUGAAGGUACAUGUGUGUGUGGUAUAUGUAUGUGUGUGUGUGUGAAGGUACAUAUGUGUGUGGUAUAUGUAUGUGUAUGUAUGUGUGUAUGUGUGAAGGUACGUGUAUGUGGUAUAUAUGUGUGUGUGUGUGUGAAGGUACAUGUGUGUAUUUGUGUGUGUGUGAAGAUACGUGUGUGUGUGUGUUGUGUGUGUGUGUGUGUACAUGUGCGUGUGGUAUAUGUAUGUGUGUGGGGAGCAGGUGUGGCGGCAAUCCCAAGAUGGCCCCCGGGACUGCUGCCAAGUCUUAUGACUAGCACCUGACUUCCUCAUACACCCAAAAGUAGGCCACGCCCAUUGUGAGAGCUGCACAGGUGCACCAUGACACACGAUCAGGCCAUUUGGCGUGGACCUAUGAACUGAGACUACGUAGACUGGACUAAUGGGGCGAGGUUACAGGUUUUUUAGUAGGGAGUGUGCUUGGGGGUAAGAGAUUGCAGCUUGCAUGCAGAAAGAAAGGUUCCUGAAUAAACUGCUUUGAGAAGAACGUCGUGGUGUGGCUCCUUUCUGCGGGACGGAGAUGGAGACGACAUAUGUGUAUAUGUGCAUGGGAGUGGGAGAAACGACUCUCAAGCAUCAGUCAAAGGACUGCAAGUUUUACCACAGAGGGAUUUGCAUAUCUUUGCUCAUUGCCCCAUGAUUCACGAAAGCCAAGAAGUGGAACUGUCUGGCCGUCCAUCAACAGAUGAAUGGUUAAUGCAAAGGUCAACCACCAUUUUUAUACUCCAGGAGAAGAAGGACUUUUAUGUAAAGGCCCAUCCACAGCCCUACCGGAACUCCAAUCCAACACUCAAGGUUACAAGCAAGGUACCUAAGGAGGUACAGACAGGAAGUGGGGGAGCAGAAGAAAAUUGGAAGAAAAAAAACUUACAAAAGCCCUUACUUCUCUACAGCACUGAGUUAUCUUGAGUCCGAUCUGCUUUUAUGUGACCUGCUCUAAGUGAGUGUUGGAGUCUAGAUGCUUUGAAUUGAACUGUUCCAGCCCCCAUCCUGUUUCUAAAGCAGAAAGACCACAGUGGGACACAACUUAUCAACAUUGUUGGUUGGUUGUUGGUUUGUUUGUUUGUUGUUUUCCUGAUCAUUCAUAGUGUUUUGAGAAUAUCCUACUGUACUUUGUUUAAGUGAUAUUGUUUAAAUAUAAACUCAUGGCAGGUAGCCACUUAAGAA